AUGGAGUCCGCGGCCGCCGCAUCCGGGUCCCGACGCCCCGACGUUCCGGGGCGCGAACUGCACGACGGGACUUGUAGUCCAAGCUCGAGGGACCCUGGGGGACGCCGGGGAUCGAACCGGGGCCCGUCCCGGCCGGCCGCCUGCGAAGCGAACGCCCGCCCCGCCGCCGUGCUAGCGCCUCGGCCGCAGGAACAAGCCCUGGAGGGCGACGGCCGUCUUCGAGGAAGCUGGACCCUCGCGGCCGCCGUCGCUUCCGGCGCGUGCGCGUUGCCGCCCGCUGUCACUCCGACCAAGAUGGCGGCCCCCAUCGGCCGCGCGCUACGGGGCUGCUGCGGCCGCCGGUGGGCCCCGUGGUCCCCGCUGCUCGGGCCGCCGGGCGUGCGGUGCCGCUCCCAGGGCGCGCGGGCGGCCGAGACGCACUUCGGGUUCGAGACCGUGAAGGAGGAGGAGAAGAGCGGCAAAGUCUACCAGGUGUUUGAAAGUGUGGCCAAGAAAUACGAUGUGAUGAAUGACAUGAUGAGUCUGGGCAUCCACCGAGUUUGGAAGGAUUUGCUGCUGUCGAAGAUGCAUCCGCUUCCGGGGACCCAGCUCCUCGAUGUUGCUGGAGGCACAGGUGACAUUGCCUUCCGCUUCCUCAGCUACGUUCAGGCGCAGCAGCAGAGGAAACUGAAGCGGCAGUUACGAGCCCAGCAGAACUUAUCCUGGGAAGAAAUUGCCCGCAAGUACCAGAAGGAGGACGAGGACGCCCUGGGCGGCUCCCGGGCCGUGGUGUGCGACAUCAACAAGGAGAUGCUCAAGAUUGGGAAGCAGAAAGCUCGAAGCCACGAAUACGGAGCCGGGCUUUCAUGGGUUGUGGGCGAUGCUGAGGAGCUGCCCUUCGACGACGACAAGUUUGACUUCUACACGAUUGCCUUCGGGAUCCGGAACACCACACACAUCGACCAGGUACUCCAGGAGGCCCAUCGAGUCCUGAAGCCAGGCGGACGAUUUCUGUGUCUGGAAUUUAGCCAAGUGAACAAUCCCCUUUUAUCCAGACUCUAUGACCUGUACAGUUUCCAGGUCAUUCCUGUCUUGGGAGAGGUCAUUGCGGGCGACUGGAAAUCCUACCAAUACCUUUGUGGAAAGUAUCCGAGGUUCCCAUGUCAGGAAGAGUUCAAAGAAAUGAUAGAAGAUGCCGGUUUUUUGAAGGCGACUUACCAGAGUCUGACGUCAGGCAUUGUGGCCAUUCAUUCUGGCUUUAAAGCUCUGACACCUGUGGAAGGUUGGAACAGGUGA